AUGUCCCGCAAAUCAGCUCUGCAGACUCUUACUGCGUCGGGCUUAUUCAAUACGACUUCUCAUCAUAGUUCAUCAAUCAUCGUCAGCGAUAAGUCAACCCCAAGAAACCCAUAUAUCCUUCAAGAAGAAAUCAUCCCUGGGAAAACUCCGUACACUAGAAGACAUCACGGCAAAUCAUCUGGAUUGGUGUCAGGAUCGAAGGGAGGAGGUGGUAAAGACGGAAGAAAUGGUGGGAAAAAUGGAAACGGAGGAAAUCAAGGGCAGUCCGACAAUGGCUCGGAAAGUUCAAGUAGUCAGGAUGAUGAAGAGGAAGAUGAUGGAGAAGCGGACGAGGAGGACGAAGAAGAGCCAGCUGUCAGUGGCCCCGUCCGUAUAAAUGAUGAAAAUGAGACUGCAAUCGUCGAUAAGUCGUCCUUGGGCCAUCCGGCCAGAGCAACGAUUUCGACAGUUAAGGAAUCAUUGAAGGGAGGAGAUCACCGGACGGGGUCAACUUUAAAGAAGAGGACUUUCAGUAUGACGGAAAAGGAUGUGAGAAGAUACGACGCCGACCUCGACGCUGACCUCGAUGCCGAAAACGAAAGUGGGAAUGAGUCGGAUUAUCCACGUAAAAGGAUUGCAACAGAGUUAUCAAACACGAACGCAAACGGCUGCGAUACUCCAGUGGACCUAUCUACUCCUAGUACUAUAUUUCGCGAAUACGGCGACGAGGACCCUACCGACCCAAAUUUGAUCACAGCUGAGGAAUUGGAAGACCUAGAUAAUGAAGUCUUCGGUGUUGACAUUCAACUCGAUUAUGGCCUUUUCCCAGAAAGCAUAAGUGAAAUGUCCGGUGCAGAAUUUAGCACCCCAUUUGAUACCCCUAAUUACACACCCCGCGGUUCUUUCUCUGGAAUCUUUUCUGAACCUAGCACUCCCGAUAAUUCUACCGAGUCGGAUGAUGAUGAUGAUGAUGAUUUUAAUCAAUUGGCGGAAUCGGCACCUUACUUCGAGAGAAAAGACCCUGCCUUGAAGCAUAUCGUCGACACUGCAGGAGAAGGUGGCUGGGCCGAUGAUUCGGAUGAGGAACAUGGGUUGUCUUGGAAGCUCUUCUUUUCCAAGGGCGAGGUUAAUGGUGGCAAAAGCGAAGAAGACAGUGAAACCGACGAAGGAGAAACCACCGAUGAAGAGGAAGACCUCCCCAUGCCUACGCCCCGAAGCAAAUCGAUGCUUCGUCGUGCGUCGGUCUCAUCUGUCGGCUCAUCUCGCCCUCAAGUUGUACACAUUGACAAUACCUCUGGCGGCCCUACAGUCGCCAGUUGGGUUGCUGAUCCUAAUCGUACAAUCUGUGUGAUUGAUGGAUCAAAGAAAACCUUUCUCCUUCCAGGUGCCUCUAGGGGUUACGAAUUUAAUACUGGUGGAACCGAUGUCUCUCAAUUGAUGCUCGAAGAAAGUGAGAGUGAGAAGUCUACCGGCCCAAUGGGCUAUAAUCCUACUCUAGGCGGCUUGAUUGGGGACGAUGGGUUAUUCUUAGAUGGAAACGACAUUCUGGGACCCGCAGAAGCGCUUUACGAUAACUUGGACAUCGACGGCAUCUUCGACUUGGGGGACUUGGACGGGGAUCUUAUCACCAACGACGAUGAAAUCGAUGAGUUCGAACAAGAUCUACAAAUUACAGACUUUUUGGAUUUCUCGACCGAUGAUGCCGACGGCGAAACACAUGAUGAUAACUCUGAUGACAAUGACGAUGGCGCCUAUAACGACGAUGGAGACGACGAAUGCAUUGGUGCCGUUGAGAAUUCUGAAGAUAUGCUUGCACGAUGGGACCAGGUUGCAGUUACGUCUUUUCGCAAACGGCAAAUGCAGCAUGCCCAGGGAAAUAUUCUCUCAAACAACGCAGCAACAUCCCACAAAAUUGGUGACCGCAGAUUAUCACAGACAAUUACACCAGCUAGAAAGAAAAAGGUUAGAUCAAGAUUCAUGAUCAACAGCAAAGGCUCGGGGCCUAGUAAUGGUAUCAAGAAGGUGGCUAGCAACAAGAAAAAUGGAGCCAACAUUGGUGUAGGGGGUCAAUGGGGUUUGAUCGAUAUUUGA